AUGUCUUGUGACCAUAUUGAAAAUGGCUCUGCAAAGCCUCGUUUGCAUACGGCUCGCUCGUUUCCCAGGAUGGACACUUCAGAGGCAGGCCCUUUCAUUCGCUCAAGGUCUAAGACCUUUCAGUCAGUAGCAACGCCGGAGCAUGUCGACUCUGAUGCGCAUCCCUUACCACUAUCGCCGGCCGAAGAGGACCAGGUGACCGGUCCUGACCUGUUUGAAAAAGCGGGUGCCUCAGAGCUAGGCAUCGAUGAUGAUGGACAAGUCGAGGAGGCUUCAGUGCUAUCGCGGAAUGCAGAGGAACAAUCAGAGGAAUUACCAAUAGAGCUGAUCAGUCUAACUGACCGAUUUGUCAACUCUCUCAGUGCCAAAGUGCACAGCUCACCACCAACGAUCGAGAAACUUUCCCUUCUUUACCAAGAUUUUUAUGUCCGAGCAGAAUCACAUAUAGCCACACACAUAUCUGCCCUCGCUUCCCGAAUAAACCGGGAUCCAUCGCCACAUACUCAGCCGAAAUCAAAGAGUAAACGCGCCGAAAACAGCCGGCAGAUGCUAACAGCAUCAGAAGUCACAGAAAAGCGGAUUGCCCGGAAGAUGCUUGCUUCUAAGCGGGUCGCUUUGGAAGAAGCAGUGGAGCGAAGAGCUUGUGAGAGUAUCUACGACAAAAUAUGGCGACAUAAAAGUACACUGGAUGAAGUUAGAGACGAGAAGUUACGCUCCAAAACAGCCACAUUACUUCUAGUCGGGAUAAACCUGAAUGACCUUGGGGUCGAUGUCGACACGGCUUCGAUUGAUGAAGAAAAGCAGAAGGAAGCUGAUGAGGGUCUAUCUGUUGCGAGGGAAUAUCUUAAGACAAUGAACGACGCAAAAUACCCAUUAGGGAAGCUUCGGCAUCUCGCCGCCGCCCACAAAGCGAUAGUUGAUGCCUUAACAAAGCUACUACCUUCUUCAUCCUCUGCUGAUGAGAUUCUACCUACCUUGAUCUACUCACUUAUCACAUCCCCACCGGAGGGCAUUAACAUCAUAAGUAACUUACUGUUCAUACAGAGAUUUCGAUCGUCAAAUAAAAUUGACGGCGAAACUGCGUAUUGUUUGACGAACCUUGAAGCAGCAAUAAGCUUCUUGGAAAACGUGGAACUUUCUGAGCUCCGCGCUGACCAAGUGCCGGAAGGUCCAACGAAAGUUCCUAGCAACGAGCCUACACCGACCAUAGAAAAGGGCGAUCAGCCUACAAAAGAUGAACCAGCUUCGUCCCUUACAACAACGACGACUUAUGCAGAAUUCUCGAAGUCUGCCGGCAAGGUAUCCGCUUCCAAUACGUUGCCCAGGACUCAACAGUCUGCAACAACGCAGCAACGUUUGAAUAACUUAUUUCAGCCCCCAUCAAAGGUUUUCGGUGCAGCAAAUGAUGCUGUCCGUAAUACUGCAGACCAGGGCCUAAAAAAUAUAGGUGCAACAUUGGACAGCAGUUUUAGUUUCCUUUUCGGCCGUCUCAAAGAAUUGCAGUCUAGCCAACAUGCUGGCAAGGAUGGAGGUAAUCCGAUAGUACCAAAAACAUUGGCAGAAGCCAGACGCCUGGUUACUUCUCCAUCCUCUGCCGAUAAUAACCCCCCCAGCCAAGAAUUCAAGUCAACGAGGGAGGCACCCAACGAUCGGCCUCACCUAAGACGUAUCGGCUCGAAGGCAGAGGAUACUUUCUUAGGACUGGUUGGUGGGCAAAGGACGCCGCGCGACCGAAGUGCGGACAGCGUCAGAACGCAAGGAAGCUCCAAGAAGACUAACGCUGCUUCGAGCUCCUUGAAAGAUGACCCGUCAUCCGGCAUGCCCCAGAGCUCCCCAGCUAGCUCGUCUUCUUUGGUCCCUACGCCUCUGGAAUCGAUGCGGAACUUUGGAAAUACACUUAAUCCCCUUAAUCAUAUCCCUGGCAUGAUCAGGAGCUUCGGUCGUGCUACUCCAGACGGCACGGGGGUUCCUUCCACUCCCUCUCCUUCUACAAAGAGCCCUCCUAUCUCGAGAGAGAUGUCCUCAAACAUGAUCACUACUUCGUCGAGGAUCGAUCCCCCGAUUCAGCGUUUCCUUCAGACAGCACACGCCAGCGAUCUCACGAUUGGAGAUGUAACCACCCUACUUGAAGAUUAUAAAAGGAUCGCCGCAGUCUUGUUAAAGCAUGGCUCGAACUCAAAAUGA